AUGGCAGAAGCAAUCCAUACUGAGAGUCACUGGGAGAUGCCUCAUGGAAUGAACCAAACAGAGAUGGCCUCUGAGAAUGCUCAACAAAUGGUGGAGCUGAAGAGGCCACUUCUCUCACCUCACCCUACAGAUUUAUCCUCCAAUCACUUGCAACAACAACAAACGGAAGAAGAGGCGAUCAGCAUAGACAUAAAAGCAAUGACAGAGAUUAGCGAAGAUGGUCUCUUCUCGCCUUUGUGUUGUAUCUACAAGGUGCCCACAAAGAUCCGUCUUCAAAACGAGGAAGCUUACACUCCUAAGGUGGUUUCCAUUGGUCCUUUCCAUCAUGGUGAUGAGAGGCUCCAAGAAAUGGAGAGGCACAAAGAAAUAAUGUUUAAGAGAUUUGCACAAAAUGCUAUGACAGACUUGGACAGUUUGGUUAAGUCAGCGAAACAAUCUGAGCCAAAGGUCCGUGCUUCUUAUUUUGAGAGCAUCAACUAUGACAAGCAGGAUCUUGUGAAACUGAUAUUAGUGGAUUCUGCUUUCAUCAUUCAACUCUUUAUUAUGGAUUAUGAGGACUAUGAAGAUCAGCUGACACACGAUGCUAAACUAUCACAAUCACUGUUGAUAGAGGAUAUAUGUGAUGAUUUGCUUUUACUUGAGAAUCAACUUCCAUUCUUUUUCCUUGAAGAGCUAUACAAUAUAGCCUUUCCUCGUAAUCAUAGAGGUGAUCUCCCUUCAUUUCUUGAGCUUACAUAUUCCAACUUUGACUGGCUUAACAAGCAAAAGUUAGAGCCUGAUCAUAAGAUAGAGCAUUUCACAGAUCUUCUUAGAUUAUUUUAUUUACGGAUAAUUAAACCAGGAAGGGAUUUCUUCGAAACGGGUGGAUCCGAUAUGCUUAGGUAUAGUGCCAAUGAGCUACAAGAGGCAGGAGUGAAGUUUGGGGUAAGCACAAGCAAGUGCUUACUAGACUUGGAAUUUUCAGGAUCUGUUCUACAGAUUCCUCAAAUUAAAGUCACAGAUAAGACUGAAUUUUUGUUCCGAAAUGUGAUGGCUUUAGAACAGUGUCAUUAUCUGUCUGAAACAUAUUUUUGUGACUAUACGCUUGUAUUGGGCAACCUAGUUAACACAAAUAAAGAUGUGGAGGUUCUUGCUCAUAAGAAGAUUAUCAGCAACUGGCUAGGUGAUGCGAAAGAGGUUGCCACAUUAAUUAACGGUCUUGGGAAAAAUAUAUCUCACUGCAAUUUCAAUACAGAACACCUUGACAUUUCCAAAAGGUUGAAUGAGUUUUAUGAAGAUCCUUGGCACAAGAAAAAGGCAGCUUUGAGGAGAGAUUACUGCAACACACCUUGGCAAACUGUGGCUUCUAUUGCUGCAAUCAUACUUCUCAUUCUCACCAUCACUCAAACUGUAUGUUCCAUCCUCCAAGUUGUAUAA